AUAAAAACCAUAUACAAUACUUAAUGAAGUUCAUUGACUCAAUACAAAUGUCUCGUCUUUAAUUAGAUAAUUACGAUAACUGAAUCAUUCGAAAGUGGAGAAAGACUAUGCAUAUCAGUUCAAGUCUAAAUGUAUUGGGACUUAGUCGUGUAGUGUUGUUAUUAUUAUCAACGAUAGUUUUAACUGAAGAAACAAUGAGUGAGCAAGGUGUCCCAGAUUUCGCAAAACUUACGGACUUUGCGUGUAGCAGUUCCGGCGGUCAAGUAGUAUUCGCAACCGAUGACUUCUUCUCCCCGUGCGAGCUGAUGAUAUCCGCUCCGGAUCCGGUAUUUUUCCCGGACCGGUUCACGGAGUUCGGCAAGUGGAUGGACGGGUGGGAGACGCGCCGGAAGAGGGUCCCCGGACACGACUGGUGCGUGCUGCGGUUGGCUACCAAAUGUGAUAUUAAAGGAGUGCUAGUGGAUACUGCAUUCUUCACCGGCAACUUUGCACCCAAGUACUCCAUACAGGGGGCUGUGUUAAAUGAACAAGAAGAAGCACAGAUACCGAAACGCAAAUCUGAAAUGGGUUCAGCGGCGGCGGCGAGUGAUCUGAAACAAAUGAACGACCUCUCCCGAGAUUGGCCCGAGAUCGUCCCGAGAACGCCGUUGCGGCCGGGCUAUGAGGAUACGAGAAUGAAUUAUCGUAAUGUGACAUCUGGGGGCCCCUACACCAACAUCCGGGUGAACAUAUACCCGGACGGCGGCAUCGCCCGGCUCCGCGUAUUCGGAGUGGCCCAGCCGACGCCGCCCGCGGCCGACACCCGGCUUGACCUGGCAUCCUUGCUCACCGGCACCGUCUGUGAAGACUACUCGAACGCCCACUACGGCCACCCUCGUAACAUGCUGUCUCCGGGGCGCGGCGCCGGCAUGGCUGAUGGAUGGGAGACCGCGCGGCGCCCGGACCGACCCGAAGUACUGCUGGCGAAGAGUGACGGCACUAUUGUGGUUACUGGUGAGGAAUGGGCGACAUUUCGGCUGGGCUUCCGCGGAGCUCUGGAGGAGAUAGGCGUCGACACAAACCACUUCAAGGGAAACUAUCCAGAUUCUAUCAAGAUUGAAGGCCUGGAUGCUUUAGGCGAUGGAACUUGGGCGACGAUAUUAAACCCUAGUAAAUUAUCAGCGCACAAGGAGCACUGGUUCCCGUGCUCCUCUGGGCCGGUGACUCACGUGCGGGUCACCAUCGCGCCAGACGGCGGCGUCAGCCGGCUGCGGCUGAUGGGACACGCGGUGGCGCGUAGUGACGACGAGUUUUGAACUGAAUAAUGCUGCUGUAUUGUUAAUAUAAAAGUCACGCUAGGUUUGGAGUAAAUAGUACUACAUAUGUCAUAAAUUAUGUUUGUGAAAUUUAAGUUAGUAUAUUAAUGUAUCCUUAAGCACCUAAGAUAAUAAAGAAUAAGAGAAAUAUUAAAUUCGUUUCACCACAACAUUGUA